AGCAACUCCUGUCGGUAAAGGAUGGACAAGCCUUCCAGACACCAAACCAUGUUCAUGCUGCUGCUUCUCUUUGCUAUCUCUUUCACUCUGAUACUGAGCUCGUUAGUGUUGUCUUCACCAGCCCCUGGGAUGCUUUUUCGGCAAGUAGCGAACAGACUAAAAGCCUUACCGCCGAUACGUUUCCUGAGAAGAACAAUGCCCUGCCCUAAGGACAUCCAGGUCACAGAGGAGAAAGUAGCUCUCAAUUUAUCUGCUGUCUCCUACGAUGCUCUCCUACAAGCCCUAGGAGGAAUUCUUCAAACUGGCGGCCGCUACAGUCCUGGCACGUGCAAGGCACUGGAGAAAGUGGCCCUGAUCAUCCCGUACAGGGAUCGCGAAAAAAACCUGCACAUCCUCCUCCGCAACCUCGUGCCCUUCUUGGUGCGCCAGCAGCUGGAGUUCACCAUCUUCGUGGUCGAGCAGACUAAAGAUUACCUGUUCAACCGCUGCUUGAUGUUCAACGUCGGCUUCGUAGAGGCUCAGAAACGAGGGAAUUUCACCUGCUUCAUAAUUCAAGACACCGAUCUGAUACCACGUGACAACCGCAACCUGUACCGUUGCGACAAAGUGCCCCGCCAUUUCGUCACCAGUCGCGGCAACGAAACAUGGAAACAAAAUGUGUCCGCGUGUUUUUACAGAUUACCGUAUCCCUCCUUUAUCGGGGGAGUGUUGGGACUUCGCAAGGACCACAUGAACAAGAGUAAUGGCUGCUCCAAUUACUUCUACGGGUGGGGAUCUGAGGACGACGACCUCAAAAUAAGGAUGGAAGACACAGGGCUUGAUGUUGUUCGUUACCCAGGGGAGAUCGGAGCAUACUACACCUUGAAGCAUGAAAAGCAGACUCGUAAUCCUCAGGGAGAAAUUCUUCGCCAAACCACAAAAAAGCGGAUGAAAAAGGACGGUUUGAACUCGCUGCAGUACGAACUGGUUGACGCGAAAGAAAAGGAACUGUACACGUGGCUUCUCGUGAAGCCUCCCCCACCACCAGCCUCCAUCUAUGGCACCACACCUACACCAUGAUUGCUUCUUGAUGUGAGGUGUGGGACACAGCAACGCUGAGUGAACAUUUCUAGUCGCUGAAGCUUCCACGUGUCGCAUUCGUUCCGAAAACUUGAGAACUUGAUUGUCCGCUUGAACAUGUGAUGACGAGUGGAGUGAGUUGUUUAUACUUACACACAGACUAACUGACUGAGCAUCCCACGAUCUCUUGUUUGUCCUGUUGACCCCGUUGUGGUCAGCCUCUGUGUUUGAGGGAUUUAUGAAAUACUUUUUUAUCAGCGGAGGUGAGUUAUCUUUAGUCGCAUUGAUGGAUAUUUAUUCUUGGAUUAUUUUGUACAAGUUUAUUUGGAAUUCCAUCUUUUUUAUGUCAGUCACACUCAUCAUUGUCAUUAGAAAUUGUGUAUGGUGGAGUUAGUAGUAUUGUUUUGAUUCUAAUAAUAUAUUUUAUAUAUACUUUGAUAUCUAUAUAUAAUUUAUUAAAGAUCAUUUUAUUUGUCUUAUAUCGUUGAAACUAAUCUCGUUGGUUUAGGGUCCACUGUAAGGAGUCCUUUAAACGCCAUUUCACAGGGUUAUCUCGUAGAUGACUCACAAUUUUGUAGC